AUGCCUACUCAACUCGACAGAGCACUCAACUCGAAGAACCUCUUCUUCGGCUUCGCAGGCCUAGUUGCCGCAUCAGCAGCAUGGUCCAUUUUCGGCAGCGACAUCUUUCCCCAACAGCCCGAUCCCACUGGUGCGAAACACANNGAACCAGAAAACUGGACCGAAGAGGAAAUGAGGAGAUGGUUGAACAGAAGAAACCUCAUGGCCAGCAGUUCGUCAACAAAGGAGGAGCUUUUGGCUAGGGUAAAGGCCAAUAUGCGUGCGCCCCAGUAA